CUUCGCGUGUGGUGUGUGUGGAGGACUCUAUUUAAGAUAUAAACACGGAACUUACCGUUUGCAACCCACAAACUUGGAGUUAUCAAAGAAAAAAUUAUAGAUGCUAGAUCUAUAUUGGGUAUAAACUUUUCAAAAGAUAUUUAGUUUAUGUGCGUACAAAUUUAAAUGUGACUAUUAUAAAUAAUGGGCGGCAAUAUUAGUGAUGGGUAUAAAGACAGUGUUAGUAACUUGUGUUGUGAUAAAUUAUAAAUAAGACUGCUAAGGGUCAUAUAUAAGAUUUCUCGAUGUUACUGAAUGUGAAUGUCAUCAAAUGUGUAUUGCACUUUUUCUUUUCAUGGAAAAGGUAAAUGAUGGUCAUUUCAGAACCGCAAAAAUUAUUACAAAGUGAAUCAAUCGAACUCAUUUAUAUUUUGAUAUUUUAAUGACAGGUCAUGUCAAGCUUUUUUUUAUUAAAUCGAGUCAAUGAAUAGAUGCAUGUAAUAUAUCAAUUGAUAGGUGCAAUAACUGAAUUACUACGGAACGUCGUUUAAAUAUUAUAAACUGGUGUUACAGUAGAGGUAAACGGCAGGCGCUAAAUUACCCAACUUUUUAUAAUCGUGUUAGUGACAGUGCUUUUAUAGCUUUAUUGUAUUUGUGAAAAUUAAUAUAAAGGAUGAAAUGGCUAAACUUGAGUGGUAUGCCCAACUUAAAGUUUUUUCGCUAGGCCAGUGUUUGUUGGUGAUUGCAAAGCUGCCGUUUCUAGAAGCAUUGACUCAAGACCUUAAAACAUACACCAGUUGCAAUGACGUCAUCGACAUGGAGACACAGAAGGUGCACCAGGCGGCGUUGGAGCUCUCCAUCAGCAGCGCCACCAACAGUGACUCCCGGGUCUCGUGUGACUUCACGAUACGCACCGGCAUCGGGAGUCAUGUGAUGUUCUACUUCACCGAGCUCUACCUGGGGUCGCCAAACCGCACUGAGCGCGUGGACAGAGCUUGCCUCGAGCCUCGUGACGUCAACGGCCCGUAUGAAAGCGUCCCCACAGGCAUGCGUCCAAUUAUUUGCUCCAAAACGGAAGUGGAAAUAGGGAGUAAAGUGUACGCAACAACCGGAAAUGCCUUAUCACUGCGAUUUUACAGAAAUCGAGGAUUCGGAAUCGAUGUGCAUUUCAAGAUUGUUUUUGCAGCAUUUCGACUAGGGUCGUGCAGGACGUCCGAGCGAAAGUGCAACAACGAGCGCUGCAUCGCGCACGAGAUCGUGUGCAACGGACACAACCCGUGCGGGGACCACUCGGACUGCCCGACGGGGCUCGAGCACCUGUCCAGCUGGGCAAUGAGUGGCAUUGUGAUCCUGGGGCUGCUCUGCGGCGGCAUCGUCAUCAUCAUGGCCACCGUGUGCCUGCAGCGCGCCGGAAGUAAACGCUACGAAAUGGACGACAUCAUACUACCGACGAACGGCGAUUUGCGUCACGAGUGUCCCCACGUUGAACUGAACGCGAUACACGUGCCUUCAAGGCGCUCUACCGACCCCGAUGGUGACGUCAGAAAAUCGGAGCACAAUGAGACGCAGGGGAAUCAAGCCACCAACUGUGGCAUUUCUAGCGAUUUUGUGCCGCAGUUUGAAGAUAAUCUUGAUUUAAAUGGCGACAGGGAAAGAUUAUUGCAUCAUAAACAUACGCGAGACAUCGUUUAUCCCCAGGAAACACUGGAAAAUAAACGUGACCCGUUUAUUUCCAUGAGGUCUGAAAAUCAUACCCCUAAAAACUUAUUCCAAUCGGACGGUGAUCUGAUAUUUUCCUCCGCCUACGGGCAACACAUACCCGAUCGGUACUCAGCAAACAUGGCUCGUACUUCCACAUUUCGGAGGCCAGAUUCAGAAAAUUCAAACCGACGUUUAGAAACGUCCGGCUAUUUUGAGGACAAACAUAGCAACCCCCGACUCUCAGGGCACUCACUUGUUAUGUCCGACAGCGACAGCGGGAAUGACGAGGAUCGAGCUGAUUGCGCGAGACCGCAGCGUUCAUUACGUCAUCAAGAGGGCGCUUUUCAUGCCUCGACUGCUAGUGAGAUUUUUAAAAGACAGAACAUGGCGAAAUUUGCGGAAGUUAUGUCGCCUCCGCCUCUACAUUAUGGGACUUUAAAGAACAUGACAAGUGCUUUAAAGAUGAAUACUAACGAUGUUACGACAACAAUCGCAACCUGUUAGUUUCCUAAAAACAUUAUAUAGAACCAACCUGAUUUUUCUUAUUACUCAAUUGUUUUAAU